GGACUUAGAGCUGCUGUAAAGACGAGUGUCGGCAGUCAUCUGUGAAUCAGUGUGAAAAGAUGAAGUUUCUCCUCAGCAGUCUGCUGCUCGCUUCUUUCUGUGCCCUCUCUUCAUGGAGUGUUUCAUCAGGGACUCCUGUUGUGACCCAGACUCCAGAUGUCUAUGUCAUGGAGGGGGGGGACGUGAACAUCAGCUGCUGCUGGGAAGGAGAUUUUGAUAGAGUGACAAUUAACUGGCAGAAAAAACAAACUGAGGUUAAGAGACAGGUUUUCAACUCAGAGAAUGGCACAAAAGAAACUCAGCAAAAGGUGCCAUCUGGCUGCUCACACUUGACCUUUCCAAACAUCACCAAAGCCAACUCAGGAAGAUACACCUGCAAGCUGACUGUGGAAAUACCAGCUUAUGCUCAGUUCAACGGAAGUGGUACUGUAAUCACAGUUACAGAUGAAGAAAACACAACUGUCUACUCAACAACUGAUCGACCUGGAAGUGCCACCGACAGUUUUCCAACAACUCCUGUCAUCAUUUCUCUGGCUGUGUUGGCUCUCGUGCUCCUCAUCAGUCUCCUCUGCAUCUGCACUCUGAAAAGGAAACAAGCGAGAGCGGCCAGAGUGAUCUACGAGGUUCCACACACGGACUCUGAGAUGGCAGAGAUGGACAAACACAGCACCAGCUCCUCCAGAGGCUCCUCUCAGUGGUGCCAGGUGCCCGUGUACGAAUCCUUUGACUACUUUGAGCGCAUGCAGAACAAAGAAAGUGGAUGAAGUAUUUAUGUUUCUGUGCUUUAAACAUGUACAUACUGUAAAUAAGAUGACUUCCCUUUACAUGUACAAACAAUGUGACUGUCAAUAUUUCAUAUUUUCAUAAAAACUGAGUGUUUUACAUCCUCA